UAAACCCCUAGUGUCAUAGCCGUCAGCUCCAUCGUCGGAAAUCCAGCUCUCCGCCGUCGUUUUCCAUCCAGCUCUCUGUCGUCGUCUUUCUGCCUAUUUUGACGUCUCCUUCCUCGGCUCCGGCACCUCCGUCUUCGCCUUCGUAUGCCUUCAUCUCCGCCGGCUUUUCUUUUCUUUUUUCUUUUUUUUUUAGCCGGGAGUUUGAAUGAGGGGUGGAGAUGAUAUGGCGAUGGAGAUCAAAGAUUUCAGUUCCCCCUUCCAAUUUGCUCCUUUCUGGUGGCCUACGCAUUGUUGCUUCACCAAUUAAAUCCACCGGAAAUGCCACCGCUCAGCACUCGUUCUCCUUGAAAUCUUUAACAAACAAUCACCAUCGGAAUUGUACCCAGACCACUCCCAAUACUAAAAUUCUGACUCCCCAACUCGUGUUAAGCACUUUACGCGACUCCCCAUCAGAUUUGUUCGCUCUGCGCUUUUUCCUCUGGUGCGCUGGCCAGCCGCACUACUUCCACGAUAAGCCUGCAUUCCGUCACAUGGUGAGUGUGCUCUCGAACUUAACUCACAGGUAUGGAACUGUUAGAGGGAUUGUUAACGAAUUGGAGAGUGUGGGUUGUGUCAGGAAGGCGCAAACCUUGCUGCUACUAAUGAGAAUUUAUUGGUGCGGAGGUAUGUAUGAUAUGGUGUUGGAAUCUUUUGAGGAGAUGUAUAAUUAUGGAUAUGUUCCGAAUACGUACGCCCGGAAUAUUGUCAUGGAUGUUGGUUUUAAGAUUAAGAAUGUGGAUGCUGCCUUGAGGGUUUUGGAGGAGACCAAAGAUCCUAAUUUCUUGAGUUUCAGCAUUGCCAUUUAUAAUUUAUGUAGACUCUAUGAUGCUGAUAAUGCUAAAACUGUGCUUAGGUGUAUGUUGAGGAGGGGUUAUUAUAUGAAUCCUGAGACAUAUGCUGUGGUGUUGAAUUGUUUCUGCAAAUUAGGCAGGUUGGAUGAGGCAAUCGAGUUGCUUGGCAUGAUGAUAGUUUUGGGUGUACCGAUUUCUGUGGCUGCGUGGAGCAUAUUGAUAAAUGGCUUCUGCAAGUUGGGCAAGAUUGAGCUUGCAGCUUGUUUGCUAGAUAAAAUGGUGAAGGUUGGUUGUUCCCCGAAUAUUGUGACAUGCACCUCGCUGAUUAAAGGACUUCUGGAGCAUAAUAUGCUGGAGAAGGCGUAUGAAAUCCUUGGCAUUCUUGAAUUGAAAGGGUGUUUUCCUGAUCUGGUUCUUUGCAAUGUGUUGAUUAAUUGUUUCUCUAAGAUGGGGCAGUAUACGGAUGCGCUUGAAGUAUUCUCUUGUUUGGGAGAACUAAGGUUAACACCUGAUGUUUAUACACUUUCAUCUAUUGUUUCUACAAUUUGUUUGUCUAGACAAUAUGAACUUUUACCUUUACUGAUAAGUGGACAUUCGAUACAACCUGACUUGGUAGUGUGCAACUGCCUUUUAAGUUAUUUUUGCAAAGCUGGUUAUCCAACUGGUGCUGUUGAGUUUUACAAUGACAUGUUGGUCAGAGGGUUUCUGCCUGAUAAAUAUACUUUUGCCGGCGUUUUGAGUGCACUAUGCCGGUUAGGAAAGACGCAAGCAGCUGUUGAGAUGUAUCACAGAAUUCUCUGUAGCUGUGGAGAUAUUGUUGAUGCACAAAUACAUACUAUAAUCAUUGAUGGACUAAUAAAAUCAGGCCGAUAUCAUGAAGCAAUGAGCAUAUUCCGAGAUGAAAAGUUUCCACUUGAUGUUCUGUCAUACACUGUGGCCAUUGAUGGACUUAUCAAGGCUGGCCGGAUGGAAAGGGCUUGUGCUUUGUUCGACCAGAUGAAGAAGGCGAAUGUAGUGCCAAAUAAGCAAGUCUGUAAUCUUAUGCUUUCUGGUUUCUGCAAGCGUGGGGACAUUAACAUGAUUAAACAUGUACUACAAGAAAUUGUUGCCAGGAAUAUUGAAAUAGAUUGUCACACAUAUAAUAUUCUUAUGUCUUGUUCUUCUGAUCCUCAUUUAGUAUAUAGUCUCAUUUUGGAGUUGAGAAGCUUAGGGUUCUUACCUAAAGAUGAUCAAUGGUUGAGAUUGGCCAAUGGGCAUGACAAUUUUGCACAUGCUAAUUUCGUUUCAUCCAGUAUUUCGCGGGAAACAUUAGAUAUGAGUGCAUCCAGCUCUGACGAACUCUUGGAUUCUAUGGCUUUGGUUGGUUGAGCAAAAUAUGCAACAAAGUUUGGUUCAUUGUUUCCUUACGGAUUUUAGAGCAACUGUUACUCUACCAAAUGAAGGCUGAUAUCACUGUCUGAAUUCUGCAUGAAUGUAUUGGUCUCGGGAAUGAGAGAGCAAAGAAUUAUGAUGUUGUGGAAAGAGUGGCCCAGCAUCUAGGCUUGGAUGAUCCAUAAAAAAUUAGGCUUACAUCUCACAGUUGUUAUUUAAUCCCAUCAAAUAUGGAGCAGUUGAUCAAUCGCCCAACAUGCUUGUCCACUACAGUCAGGCUGUGAUUCUCAAUAUCAGAUUGCCAAAACAAAACACUGUUGGAGACCUGCUUAAUGACAUUAAAAUGCAGAAACAUUUGAAUUCAAAAGGCAGCCAUUUGUGGAGCGGAGAGGAAGGGAGGCAUUGUGCUUGCCGAUGGAGGAUUCGAUUGGUAAAUUGUGCUUCGGGUGGCAAAGUUCUGCAACCACCUCGAAACCAACUGCUCCGCUCUCAGACAGUCUGUGGAACGUCGUCUCAUCACCUAGGAUAUGUAUGAUGGAUAUCUGCAGCUGGCGGCAAUUUGAACAUGCUUGAAUCCAUGGCCAUUGCCACGCUGUCAUUUGAGGAGCUAUUGGGGCACUACAAUGAGGUGUUGAAGAAGAAUCAAAGUGCUAUUUGUGCGUUUGAGGAUAAUCUAUGUAUUGCUUUCAAUUACAUUCCCCACUUAAUUUCGAUGAAGAAGAUGAUUUAGACAUCAAUGCAUUGGGUGCUUUCUCGCCUGGAAGCAAAAAUUUAGAGUCAAAGAAUGAGGCUUACGCAGAACAGGAUGCCUUGUUUGACGAUUCGUUGAGUUUGAAAAACUUUGGAAUACCUGAUGUCUCUCUUGCAAGCAUUGCAUCUCAAGCACAAAUGGUGAAGCUGGUCUUGAAUUCGAGAUGGAUGAGCCGGAGUUUCAUAUAGGGGACUCAUCUGAUGAAUUUAAGCAAUAUAAUGUGUCUCAGUGCCAUCUGAGUGUAUCAAGAGAGGAUUAUGAAAGUCUCACCAAACACAUGAAACGUUUGGCACCAUGGGAGGAUCUUGUGGUUGCAGUUGAAAAACUCAACUCCUAUAUUCAAUCAAAGAAGUCCAAGCCCGACACCAUCCAACAAGAUGAAAUUGAGUUGUUAAACUUGGGUUACAAAGCAAGAUCUUACAUGAUGCUGUUGCUCAUAAAAAUGAACAGGCUCUGUGUGGAGACAAAUGAAGGUAUCAUUUCUUACAAAGUUUUACAGACACACGCACAGAUGCUGUAUGUAACUAGCUCCUGGACUACUUUCAAGAAUGGUGGAUGGUUGUUUAGAUGCUAAUAGAUAAGUUGAACAAUGAGUAUAUUCAACUAUUAUUCCCGGAAGGGCCAACUGGACCAGUGUUGCUGCAACAACUUCCCGACCUUUUUAGCUGAGACACUUGCUUCUGCCAAAGUGCCUACAGCCUUGAAGAUCAAGUCACAGUCAAAGAUGGCCGCAAAGAAACCUGUCAAAAUAGGUGUCGAACAUCUUGCCCUUCCACCUAAAAUGGCUAUUACACAUCAGGCUGUGUAUCUUCGUACUUUGUCGGAUGAUGAGGACGAAUGCUUUUGAUCUGGAGAAAAUCGUCGAGAAUGUUCAAUGCGACGUACCUAUGGUAUAUGCUUCACUUUUCAUUAUGACUUGUGAGGGAGGUGUUUCAAAUUUAUAUUUGGGAGUUUGCACAGGCCUCUGUAGUUGGUGGCUCCCUAUCUGUUGCAUCUUCCCUUUGGGAAAUUUGAUAUGUUUAUCAAAACAGAGGCCAAUUGGGUUUAAUCGCUUAUCUUGUGGGCGGUCAGCUGGUUUCAUAAUCGUACAUGCAUACUUUUUACUACUAAUUUGGUCAAUUCACUUUCA